GAGGACCUAUCCAGCCCUUGGGAGUGAGCCAGGAAAGGGAGCCGGAAUGCAACGAGAGAACCGUGGGACCCCUCCACAAACGAUCAUCCCAAGCCGGAGAUCGCCCGAGCACCCCGCUGCCUUAAUGUGUACCACUAUCCAUCAAAUUCUGGAGAAUGAUUGUUUAAAAGAAGCUGUUACAGAGAAGCAUUGUGUUGAGACUAGCACUGUUUUGUCAGAUGUUCAGCUAGCUUGUUGUUGGCAAUAUUGUGCUUUCCCCCAUAACAAACGAGACGUGUGUGUUUGGAAUAUCCAUAAUCCUCUUCUGCAGAGCCUGGAAUUAAAAGGCCACCAUCAGUCAGUUACUGCUCUAACAUUUGGACACCACUCCGAACCAAUACUUCUGUGUUCUGCAGCUGAAGAUUAUGUAAUUAUAUGGGAUAUGGAAGCAUGCCAAAUGAGAAUACAGCAAGGCUUGGUACCUAGAGGAACUGUUGUUGGAACUCUGCUGGGAAAAGUGCUAUACUUAUGCUUCAGUCCAGAUGACCAAAUGAUGGCUGCCUGUGCAGACAACAAAAUCUAUGUAUUGAACUGUAAGCAGGAGGAUGUUUUGGCUGUCUUCGAAGGCCACCUUGGUGUGGUAACAGCUGCAGAGUUUUGUCCUUGGCAGCCAAACAUACUUGUAUCAAUCUCUGAAGACAGGACCUUUAAGGUUUGGAAUCUCACCAAUAAAUUAUUGCUGUAUCAGUCAGCAAUAUUAUCAAGCAGUCCUCUGUUGAGCUUGUGCAUGGACAGUAGAGCCAAACAACUUAUUAUUGGAUCUGCUAAUGGACAGUAUGGAAAUAAUACAAGGGGCUUCUUGCAGCUCAACAUUUUCACAUCACUGAUUGGGCAGCAGUGCCACCGUGUGCUGCAUAUCGACCUACAGAAAGAACAGCAAAAAUACAACUCCAAGAUCUUGGAAAAAAUCAGGUUGUCAGAGAAUUCAGAUGUUGAGUGUAUAAACAGUUUGAGUAAUUGUGGGGCUCUGCAUUACUCUUCUGCCAGUAUCAACGACAAUGAUUUGGAAAGUGGAUCGUGUGCAUGUAUGGAAUUUCCAGUUCUCAGAAUGAUUCAUUGUGAAUAUUUAUUAAGUAGCUUGUUGAAAAAGGAUUCAAGUGUUACUCCAAGAAAUUCCAGCAGCCUGUGGGUAGGGACGAUAUGUGGCAUAUUCAAUAUUAAUCUUGCUACUGGAGAACUUGAUGCUGCUGUACAAUUGGAAGAUCACCUUGGGUUAAGCAUUCGGACAGCUGGAUCUUAUGCAAUAGGAAUUAGAAGCACUGACAAGAUUUUCUGCCUUCUUUCUUCUAUGUUUGGAAAGCAUAUUGUUCUGCUGGAAAUUGAUUUACAUGAGCUUGCAAGAAAGUGUCUGCAGUCUAAAAACCAAGGGGAAGCACUCUGUGUUAUUGCCAGGGCUCCUUUGCUGCCCACCUCCCUUUUAAACUGUGAUGCAAAGCAGAAAGAGAAGUCAGCUGUUCCAUCAAAGAUGGUCAGCAGUGUCAAAGACAAGCCAGUGGUGUUUCAUACCAAAGUAAAGUCUUCUGGCUACACCUCAGCACCAAGCAUCAACAUGUUCACACCAAAGUUAAAUCCUCCAAAACAUGCCAGCUCUGCCCUGAAGGGGAAAAAUAACAGUCUCAAGGGAAUUACCAAAGAAUACCCACUGGACAGUCUGGCACCGAGCAAGCUUAUUGCACGAGUUGAUGUUUCAAACCAGCCAACACCUGUUUGCUGCAUCCAGUACUCAGGGGAUGGAAAGCUACUGGCUGUUGGAUUGGCUGACAAAUCCAUGCUAGUUUAUAAUGCUUCACUAAGUGGAUCCCCAGCUGUUUUUACAGGCCAUGAUGGGGCAGUGAGCUGCUUGGAUUGGACACAAAAUAAUAAAUGGCUUUUAACAGCAUCGGAAGACAGGUCAUUAUGGAUCUGGCCAGUUCGUGGCUCAACCCCUGCAUUGAUGCUGGGUCCGGAAACACUUUCAAGGCCAGCACGAUCAGCUCAGUUCUAUUAUAUGGACAAAUUUCUGUUGUUCUCUUCAGGAUCUGAGUUUCAGCUGCAUAAAUACCAUUUGGAUACAAGCAGGGAUGACAUUAAAAGUUAUAGAAAGAAGAGCAAACACAGAUUGAUUGGCAAGUUCAAGAUGGCUGCCACACAGGAAAUCAGUUACCUCUCUGCAGUGAAUGACUUCUACUCCUACAUUGUCCUGACAGCUGGCACAAAUCGUGCUUUGGAAGUGUUUGAUCUGAAUGUUGGUCAGAGUGUAGUAACUGUUCCAGAUGCUCAUACUAGACCCGUGCACCAGAUCUGCCAGAACAAUGGAUCAGUGUUUAGUAGUCAGCCUUCAGAAUUCUACAAUCUCUUUCUGACCACUGCUGUAACUGAUGGGAUCAAACUGUGGGACUUGCGCACGUUAAGAGCUGUGCGCCGAUAUGAAGGACACCUCAACCGUUGCCAACACUGUGGCAUUGCCCUGAGUCCCUGUGGGAGAUUUUUAGCUACAGGAUCUGAAGAUAAAUGUGCGUAUGUGUAUGAACUUGGCUCCAGUAACUUCAUGCACAGGUUAACAGGACAUACAGAAACUGUCAUUAAUUUGGCAUUUAGUUGUUCUGCACCCAAGCUGACCACUGCGACCCUGGAUGGCAAACUCCAGCUCUUUGUACCAUAGUGGCAGACAAUCCUGAAGAUGGAAGCGACGAAGUAUGUUUUCACCAAGUUCAAGUUGUCUCAUUAACCAAGAGUGGAAGCAUUUCCCAUGAUGGUGGACAUGGCGUGGGGGGCAGGGGGGUGGAGGUGAGGUGGGAGGAUGAAGGGGUUUGCAGAGAAGAGGGGUGGUGUUGGAGCCAAAUGUAAGUGUCGACAACCAGGAAGGAAUUAGCCUGAGUAUUUAAAACGUGCUGUACAUAAGACCAUAACAUUGGAUCAAAAUUAUGUCAUUCAGCCCAUCGAGGCCGCUCCACCAUUCCCCCAUGGCUAAUUUAUUAUCCCUCUUAGCCCCAUGCUCCUGCCUUCUCCCUGUAACUCAUAACACUUUGACUCAUUAAGAACCUAUCAACCUCCAUUUUAGAUAUACCCAAUGACUUGCCACCUUCUGACUAAAGAAAUUACUCUUAAUCUCUGUUCUAAAGGGAUAUCCCUUCAUUCUGAGGCUGUCCCCUAUGGUCCUAGACUCCCCCACACCCUCUCCAUGUCCACUCUAUCUAGUUAUUCCAAUGUUCAAUGGGUUUCAUUUGAUAUUGUUUGUGGAAGUGGUACACACACUAUGUUCUUAGUGGCUGGGGAACAAAGCAAUCCUGGCAGGCGGACUGCUGGGGAGUUUAGCAAUAGCUGGCUGUGGCUCAGUGACUCAUCAGAGAAGAUAAAAGAGAUUUCUGUGCUGGAAUGGUCUGUGUCAGGUGUUCCAGCUUGUGUUGAGCCAUUGACUUGGAAGUGGAAAGGAACACGUCAGAACCAUUUAUAUUUACGUGUCCGAGAAAUGAAUGGCUUAUCUGUGGCUCUUUUGAAUUGAAAACAUUGUUAAUUAUCUGGGCAGUUCUUAAGACCCAUGUUUAGGAAUUCCUAUAUUCCCCCUGUUUAGAAAGCACUCUGUCAGCCCAUUGAAAACCUCACUGAGUAUAAGGAGUUCAUUAAA